CUCGCGCAGAGUCGUCAACUUUGACUCUCUCUCUCUCCCCCUCCUCUCCAUGUCAGGAUACGCGAGAAUGUUACCGGAGCGACGCUGAUUCGAUGCCCGCUGUAGAAAACUUUUGACCAGGUGAUGGGCCUUCGCUCUUUCCUCCUCCAAUGGCCAAAUCGUCGCUCCUCCUGAUCGAUCCGAUCCUGCCCAUCACAGGCAUUAAUCUCCUCCUCAUCCUCCUCCAUUCCCUUUUAUAACUCGUGCUCUGUCCACCGGUUCUCCCGGUGCCAGUUGCGACUCCUCGGGAAUUCCGUUUCGCCCAAUUUCUCUGGCCACCCAGAAAUCGCGGGAACCUAGAUCCCGAUAAAGUUCGAAUCUUUUGCUCCGUUGUCCGUACAUCUUGCCGAUCCGUCAACUCCGCUGGUUUGACUCCACUGAGAUUGAUUGAUUGGAAUGGCCUCGGUGUUUAUAUACCACGUGGUUGGUGAUUUAACCGUGGGGAAGCCUGAGCUGGCGGAGUUCGUUGAGACAGACACAGUCGAGUCGGCGAUAGCAGCGAUCGGAGUGUCAACGGAAGGAGGGAUACCAGUUUGGAAGAGGAGAUCGUUGCCUGGAAGUGUGGUUGAGAGCCCCGAUAUGAGGCAGCAGAGGUUUGUGGGUAUCUUGGAUUCUCUUGACAUUGUCACUUUUUUGGCGAGGAGUGAGUGUUUGCAAGAUCAGGAGAGAGCCAUGAAGACCCCUGUGUCUGAGGUUGUUGUCCCCAAUAGUUCUUUGCUGAAAUUGGUUGAUCCUGGAACAAGACUGAUAGAUGCACUGGAGAUGAUGAAGCAAGGAGUGAAGCGUCUUCUUGUCCCGAAGAGCACUGUGUGGAGAGGCAUGAGCAAAAGAUUCUCAAUUUUGUACAAUGGCAAGUGGCUUAAGAACAACAGCAGCAACAAUCUUGCUGUCAAUACCAACCGGCCUUCCUCAUCUUCCACCACCUCUAUCCGUGACAAGUUUUGUUGCCUUUCCAGAGAAGACAUCCUCAGAUUCCUCAUCGGUUGCCUUGGUGCACUUGCCCCAUUGCCCCUUUCCUCCAUCUCAUCCCUUGGUGCUGUCAAUUUUAACUACAGUUCUGUGGAUGCCUCUUCACCUGCCAUUGAAGUGACUGGGAAGCGACCUCAUGACCCCAGAGCGCUUGCUGUCGUGGAGAAGUCACCAGAUGACGAACCCAAGAUAAUUGGUGAGAUUUCAGCCUCCAAACUGUGGAAAUGCGACUAUUUUGCCGCAGCAUGGGCUUUAGCCAAUCUCUCUGCCGGUCAGUUUGUGAUGGGGGUUGAAGAUAACGUGACUCCAAGGUCACUUCCUGAAAGUCAAUUUAUCAACUCAAAAGUGGGACCCAGUGACGGUAUGGCCAAUGGAGUUGGGUCGAACCGGCUGAGGAAGUUCAGUAGUAGGAGCAUCGGGUUCUUCAGCAAUCCAACAAGCCCGAGUUUUGGCUCUAGUAGGAGCAUGUACAGGGGAAGAAGUGCACCCUUGACAUGUAAGGUCACGAGUUCAUUAGCUGCAGUAAUGGCUCAGAUGUUGUCUCACAGGGCCACUCAUGUGUGGGUGAUCGAGUCCGACAACGAAGACAUACUAGUCGGGGUGGUCGGGUAUGCAGAAAUUCUGGUUGCCGUGACGAAGCAACUGCCACCUAGUAUUCCAUCAAUUCGAUCUGUUGAAGGACUUGCAACAGCACCAGAGAUUCAGAGCUGAUGACAUCAUUUUGCCGGACCUUUUUUGGGGGAUAUAGACUGUACGUACCAGUAUACUGUUAAUGUGAUUCUUCUUUAUGUACUCUUCUUUUAGGUGUUGUUUAUAGACAGGAGACAAAAGGACCUCUAGGGCUAUUGGGUCAUAAAGUUAUGCUUGAAAUUGCAGCUGUUAAGAACUUAAGAUUUGGUUGGUUUGUCACCGAAGUGAUUGAGAAUGUAGAAUGUCAUGACAAAAGAUAUUGGUGUUUACUUGAGGACUGUUUUAUGGGAUUGAGAAAUUUGUUUGUAUUCCUUAUUGCAAUGUUUGUGUUCGUUGAUUGCUUUCGGACUA